AUGGGCGAAUACAGUUCUAUUUUGCUAAAUCGAUUUCGUGAUUUGAAACAGUUGAAAUAUUUACUUAGAUCUAUUGAAGAAAAUGGCAAAGAAUGGGCUCGGAGAAUAUUUCUCGUGACGAAUAAUCAAGUACCCGACUACGUUAAUAUUAAUCAUACAAGGAUACGAAUUGUUUCUCAUCAGCAACUAUUCGAAUACGCAAAAGUAAAACCUCCAAAAUAUCAGCUAUUCAAUUCGAUAGCAAUCCAAUCUAUGAUUCAUACUAUUCCCACACUAUCAUCUCCGUUUUAUCUGUUCGAUGAUGAUAUUGUUAUCAGAAAAAGUUUACCAACUACAGUAAUAAUGAGUGAAAACAAAAGUGUCAUUGACUUAAAUGCUAAUAAGUAUUUAAUGCGUGUUAAGCCACAAUCACUUUACGAUGCCCAUUUACAAUCAGCGAUAAAUAUGGUACUAAAAAGAAAUAGACCGGUGCCUCUACUCGGAGCUAAUGGUCGAUAUUCAAUUGGUUCUCAUGGGCCGUUACUUCUAUACAGAGAAAUAGGUAUGAAAAUAUGGGAUGAAUUUCGACCAGAAAUGAACUUACUAAUAUCUCACCCGUUCAGAAUGCCUACAGAUCCUUCAAUACAAACACUUUAUAUUUAUAUGGGCUAUUCGAAUUAUUAUACUUUUGCGAGAAACCGAAAUAUGCUACGGUUUGAAAUGUUAUCAAGUUACAAUCCUGAAGUGACCCGCCGCAUAUUGCAAAAAACAUUUCAAGAUAAAUCUGUUUAUUUUGUAUGCGUAAAUGACAACUUACGAAAAUUUAAUGAAGAACACCAAACAUACUUGAGCGAAGUGUACGAAACUGUUUUUCCAAAGCGUUCCUCGUUUGACAAUAAUUAA